AGUUCCUUUUACAGACGGAAUGGUGUGCACUGUGGUCUCUUUCUCACACUACAGGCUCCUGCCCCUUGGCACAUUUAGCCUACCCCUCCAUAAUGGAACAUCCCUGAUACCCAGACGCAUUCUAUUUGUUGGAAUCAGGCUAUGUUCUAGAACCUUGCCCUCUCCAACGCCUUCCUCACACAGAACACCCUAGAAUGGCAGGAUUUUGCUGCUGCCCCUGGCCGGUGACCUCCUCCAGUUCUGGGGCCUGACUUGAAACUAAACUGGGAGCAGGAUGCGGUGGCGGGACCGCCUCGCAGUGCUGUGCUUCCCUCCAGGCAUGGUGCUCACGGUUGCUGCGCUCCUGCUCUUCUUCCUACACACGAGCAUCUUUGCUAGUGACGUUAACAACUUCUGCUUCACCCACCACUAUGACCGCAUGAGCUUCCGAUACACGGUUGUACUGAUACUCUCCCAGGUGAUAAGCAUCUGCUGGGCUGCCACGGGCUCGCUCUACGCAGAGAUGCAUGCUGACAAGUUUCUUCGCUACUUUGCUAUGACGACCCUGACACUCAAUGGAGCCAUGUUCUUCAACCGCCUGUCCCUGGAGUUUCUGGCCAUCAGUUACCGAGAGGAAAACCACUGA